AUGGCUGAUCCGUACAGUAUCUUGGGCCUCACCGGCCCGGCUGAGCAAGUCGUCCGCCUCAUCGCAAGUCUCAUCGAACGACACGGAGCCUACAAGGAAAACAAAUCGCUCUCUACCGAAAUGCUCACCACGUAUACCACCUUGCAGGCAGACAUCACGGAGUUGAAAAACAUGCCGAUCCAUGGAACGUCGUCGCAGCACACGGGCUUGCUCCAACGUGAAAUCGAGGGCCUCUCAAGCUUCAUAUUGAAGUCCCUCGAAGAACUGCAGAAAGAGUUGGACAACCCAAAAGCGAAACUCGCUGCGUACGCCUCUGCAAUGGGAGAUAGAGAAGUCCUAGAGACGCGCAAGCAAGAAGCGUGUCGCCUUCACGAUCGCCUUCUUAAUGCAAGCACGGGCAUUGAUACUCGCGCGGCGGUCAAGCAAGAAGCGGACCGCUGUAUUCAACAAGUAAGCGCGGCCGUCGAGUCGACCAGGGGAGGUACGGGUGAUACCUUCAGGGCAUCGAUAAGAGCCGAACAUAAUCCUGCGUCGAUAUGUGUGAAGCUUGAUUCUCGUGGGAGCGAUGGAUUACCGAACACGUGUGAGUCGCGUCUAAAAGCGGCUGUGCUCCGGAGAGAUAGGAACAAGCAAGUGGGUGCGACAGCAGUGGGACAGGGCGGAGUUGGGAAGACAUGUGCCCUGCGGGCGAUCGCGCAUGACGAUAAGAUUAUGGAAGAGUUUUCGGGAGGAGUGUACUUCAUGUCGUUGGGGAAAGACGGAAACGUGGGACGGCUGAUUGAAGAACUGUGUCUGAUUGUGGAAGCGUCCGGUGGCAAGCAGACGGCUGCGGAAAUGCGAGAGCAGAGCGAGUUUGGAAGGGUGUUAACGAAGGUACAAGCGUGGUUUUGCAGGCAUGUGUGUCUGUUCAUCAUUGAUGAUGUAUGGGUGGUGAAUGAUAUAGACGCGAACAUCCUUCAAAAGUUGUCUGUUCUGGCUGAGACUGCGGGGGGCAGCAGGGGAAGGAGGAGCAGACUCUUGUACUCUACGAGGGAUAGGGAGCUGCGUCAGAUUGGGGAGCGGGUUGCUUUCGAGCCGAGGGAGAAUGUAGGGAAAGAAGCAGUUGAGAUGCUUGUGCACGCGAGUGAGGCGAAUCGAGAGGAAGUGGAUAAUGCGAGAUGCAAGGAGGCCGUGCGUGAAAUACUGGAAAUGUGUGGGGGAUUGCCGCUUGCCCUAAACGUAGCCGGAACGAGUGUGAGGUACAUGAGGGAAAGAUGGGAGGGAGAAGUGUCAGAAGCAUGGGGGGCGUACCUUUCGAGGAUGAAGAGGCGUAACACGAUUCGCGGUGAGAGUCCGAAGGACGGAUAUUUGUCGUUGGAUGGGACAUUGCACACGUCACUAGAUAUCCUGGAGUCGGCGGAUGUGGGAAGCAGUGGGGAGACGGUUGGUGAAUUUUCGUUUCGAAAGAUGCACCGGAGUCUGUGUGUUAUGAAGAAGCAAGACUGGAUACCUUUGUGUUUGGUUGGAGAUUUGUGGGAGACGGAGGAGUGGACGGAAAGGUGUGCAAAGGAGAUGGAAAGGGUUGGAUUAGUAGAAUUGCAGUAUAAGAAGGGUUGUGGUGGGUUGCGGGUGCAUGAUCUGACGCACGAUUUCGCGGUGCAAGAAGCAAAGAAGAAGGAGGGUGUAGAAGAGUGGUAUAAGAAGAUGGGGGAUAUAUGCAGUGCAGGAGGAGGGUUGCUUGCAAUGAGUGAGGGCCGAGAUGGAGAGGGCAAGAGCGGACGGGAGGAGUACGUUUUCGAGAACAUAUAUCGUGUUCUGAGACAGGGUGGGUGUGUAGAGGAGCUGAAGAGACUAUUUUUGAGUGCGCGAUGGGUGAAGACAGUGCUACAGAGAGGCGGGGUUUGGCAAUACGAGGAAGCUGUGAAGGGGUUGAGUGGAGAGUUGAAGCGGAAAAGAGGAAGUGGGCAGGAGGUGGGAAGGGUAGGGGUAGAUGAGGAUGCAGUGGAUGGGAUGGUUUUGAUGAUGCGGGCUGCGCGACUGAGUGUACUGUUUUGUGGUGAAAGUAGUGCCGGGAUUUACUUUCAACUAUAUGGGCGAGUGAAGCACAAGGCACGGGAAUCAGGUUGUGUGCGAAAGAUCCUGGAAGAAAUCGAGAAAUACGCACCACGGCCGUGGGUGCGGCCUAUGAGUGAGUGUGUAGCGCGAGCCGAUGGAAGGUUGGUGGAGCAGAUUGUUCUGCCGUAUGAUAGUACUGGAAAAGUUGAAGUCGGCAUAGAUUGCAGGGGUGCAGUGUUUGGAUGUCAGGUGGAGAAGUCCGGGGGAGAAGUAACAGUUUGCACGCAAUCUGCUGAGAAGGAGACGAAGAUGGUUCGAUUAGAAGGCGAGUUCGAAGCGGAGAGCCAGGGCCCAGGGGAGCUAGGAGCAAGCAGGCGCAAAAGGGGUGGGAGUUUGAGGGCAUGUUUUCGGAUGUGCAUUGGAAGUGAAACCUCCGAAGUGACUGGAGAAAACCCGAGCGUGACGAGAGCUACCUGCGCAACAUUCUGUGAGAGGAAGGGGUAUGUUGUUGUGGGAUAUGAAGACGGGACGUUAAGGGUGUGGAGUACAUCGGAGAGGAAAGUAUUGAGACGUUUCCGCGGUCCUAGGUCGGGAGUGCAUUGCGUUGCGAUGAGUGGGGAUGGAAGACGUGUGGUGGUGUCUGGAUCGUUUGACAAGAGCGUGCGGGUGUGGGACGUGGAGACGGGAGCACAAGUCGGGGAGGCGUUAGUUGGACACAUGGGUUGGGUGCAUAGCGUUGCGAUGAGUGGGGACGGAAGACGUGUGGUAUCUGGAUCGUUUGACAGGAGCGUGCGGGUGUGGGACGUGGAGACGGGAGCACAAGUCGGGGAGGCGUUAGUUGGACACACAGAUGUGGUGUGGAGCGUUGCGAUGAGUGGGGACGGAAGACGUGUAGUAUCUGGAUCGAUUGACAAGAGCGUGCGGGUGUGGGACGUGGAGACGGGAGCACAAGUCGGGGAGGCGUUAGUUGGACACACGGGUCAUGUGCUUAGCGUUGCGAUGAGUGGGGACGGAAGACGUGUAGUAUCUGGAUCGUAUGACAAGGGCGUGCGGGUGUGGGACGUGGAGACGGGAGCACAAGUCGGGGAGGCGUUAGUUGGACACACGGAUGUGGUGUUGGGCGUUGCGAUGAGUGGGGACGGAAGACGUGUGGUAUCUGGAUCGAUUGACAAGAGCGUGCGGGUGUGGGACGUGGAGAGAGGGAUUACACUUCAUACCGGGAGGGAAGAGGAUUGGGAUGAAAUCACGAGUCGGUUCCUGAAGACGGCAGACUUGAGUACUGCUUCUCGUGCAAGACGAACAUCACAAAUAUUUGCAAGGGACGGAGGAAUUGUGCAAAGGCGAGAGGAUGGGUCUGAGGCUGUCUUGGCCCAGUUGGACAAUGCAAGAGACUUGCAGAUAGACCACGAUCACGAGGUCGCAGUUGCAAGGACGGGCCAUCUGGUUGCUAUCAUGAAGCUAGUUGUGUAGCUAGUUGUAUAAGUAUCAAAGUGCGAUGGCCGCUUGGCGCCCGAGA